UGUACCUACCAAGGCCACGUCCAAACCUGUUCCACUUCGCCUGUCUACAUGUGCACUCGAAGACAUACACUCUCCGUCUGCAAACAAGGACCUCUUGCCAGGCCAAUUUGGCGUAGGCCACCUUCGAGGACACCAUGAACUCAGACGGCGAAUCUCCAGUCGCUCGCUUCAUCACUCACGAAGAUACUCCAUGGACUGCCGUAGCCUGUCACAACCGAUACCUUGACGAGAAACACCUCAGUCAAAGUCCGUCUCUAGCUGACGCGUCACUCGAGUCGUCACCGACUGCCCUGUUCAGUACGCGCGAACCCUCGAUCACCACCAAGCCCACAUCGUACGGCACCGACUACCUGGGCCACGGCCAAAACAAGAAAAGCAAAGCAGACACCACAUACACGGCAUCGCUCUCCGCUACUCACGGCUCGGGAUCAGAAGCAGAAGCAGAAGCAGGGCAUGACAAUGCUCUCGACGCCACUCUCUUCGGCGCAGGGGCAUGGUCGACGAGCCACCAAGGGCAGGGCCAAUCACUCCGCAGGCAUGAGCAUGCAAGAGUCAGGCUUUCGAAAUCCCUGCCUUACCGCAUCAAGAAACCCCCAGUUGUUCUUCAUCAAAUCACUAGCAACGCAGGCUCUGAACGUCACCGCACUGACCCGCGCACCACCAUCCCUCCGUCGUCAAUUAAGGAUGAACCGAAAUACCUCUUCCACCUCAUACCUCGACAGCACUACAUCAUGCUUGGGCUUUUGUCUCUCAUAUUCCUGACUGUCAUCUCGUGCGCAGCGCAUCUGCACUCUGUAGAUAGGGCAGAGGCGGCAUUGCGCAAGCGUAUAGUCUUCGGAACUACAACGCUUGUGGUACUCGAGGUUAUCGUCACAGCACUUGCAGCACAGCGUACUCUGCUUGAAGCUUCCCUGCUUGGUCUUUUUCCAUUGGGGAUUGGUUCUAUGGUUUUGUCGCACCUUGAUGAACUUGUUUAACUUUCUAGCAAAUGACUAAUAGCGAAACAUCUCUUGACGGUCUUGCAUACGGUGGCCCUCGUCGGCACUGCAAUAUUUUCAGCAUCGCAGGUCC